AUGGACGCUGUUCUCCGGCAGUCCAAGGCCAUGUGCCCCUUCAUGAAGAAGGCCUCUCCCGCCACCCUGCGCGCCCUGUCCACUUCGACUCGUCCCGCCGCCAAGGCCACGUCCUCCCCAUGCGGCGGCACCAUGUCCCGUCUGCAGGGCCUGGCCUACCGCUGCCCCGUCAUGGGCAAGGCCCUCGCUGUGCAGUCCGCAAAGGUCGGCGGCAUCAGCAGCACCAAGGGCAUCGCCGGCCUGUCCACCCGCUCCAUCUCGAGCCACCACGGCCACGGCCACGGCCACGGCCCCAAGCCGUCCAAGCGCUGCCUGCACAGCAGCCGCUCCAACGAGGCCCGCGCCGUCGAGACCCCCGUCAUCCCCGGCCGUGAGAAGGCCCAUGUCCCUCAUGCCGUCCCCCGUCAUGCCGCCGCUCCCGCCGUCUACCCCAUCAACGCCGACGCAAAGUUCAACUACGAGGCCUAUUACAAUGCCGAGCUCGACAAGAAGCACAAGGACAAGUCCUACCGCUACUUUAACAACAUCAACCGCCUGGCCAAGGAGUUCCCCCGCGCCCACAUGGCCAACAAGGAGGAGAGGGUCACUGUCUGGUGCGCCAAUGACUACCUGGGCAUGGGCCGCAACCCCAACGUUCUGCGCAAGAUGCACGAGACCCUCGACGAGUAUGGCGCCGGUGCCGGCGGAACCAGGAACAUCUCGGGCCACAACAAGCAUGCCGUGGAACUCGAGGGCACCAUUGCCAAGCUCCACUCCAAGGAAGCCGCCCUGGUCUUCAGCUCUUGCUAUGUUGCCAACGAUGCCACCCUGGCCACCUUGGGGAGCAGGAUGCCCGACUGUGUCAUCCUUUCAGACAGCUUGAACCAUGCCUCUAUGAUUCAAGGAAUUCGCCACUCUGGGACCAAGAAGAUCGUCUUCAAGCACAAUGACGUUGAGGACCUCGAGGCGAAGUUGGCUGCCCUGCCGCUGCACAUCCCCAAGAUCAUCGCCUUCGAAUCGGUCUACAGCAUGUGCGGGUCGAUUGGUCCCAUUGAGAAGAUUUGCGAUCUCGCCGAGAAGUAUGGUGCGAUCACCUUUCUGGAUGAAGUCCAUGCCGUCGGCAUGUACGGCCCAAGCGGAGCCGGCGUUGCCGAGCACCUCGAUUUCGAGGCCCACAAGCAGGGCCGGCCCAAGGGCACUAUUCAGGACCGCGUCGACAUCAUCACUGGCACCCUUGGUAAGGCUUAUGGCUGCGUAGGCGGGUAUAUCGCUGGCAGCUCCAAGCUGGUCGACAUGGUCCGGUCACUUGCUCCUGGCUUUAUCUUCACUACUUCCCUGCCCCCAGCCACCAUGGCCGGCGCCCAGGCCGCCAUUGAGUACCAGAUGGACUACCAUGGCGACCGAAAACUUCAGCAGCUGCACACCCGUGCCGUCAAGGCUGCCCUCGACGAGCGUGAUAUCCCUGUCAUCCCGAACCCCAGCCAUAUCAUCCCUAUCCUGGUCGGCAACGCUGAGGUAGCCAAAAAGGCUUCCGACAUGCUGCUUCAGAAGUACCAGAUCUACGUGCAAAGCAUCAACUACCCUACCGUGCCGGUUGGCCAGGAGCGCCUGCGUAUCACACCCACCCCUGGCCACACCAAGGAGCUGCGUGACCACCUCGUCAACGCGGUCGAGGCCAUCUGGACCGAGCUCGGCAUCAAGCGCACCAGCGAAUGGGCUGCCGAGGGCGGCUUCAUCGGCGUGGGCGAGACCGACGUCGCCGCCGAGGCGCCGCUCUGGACGGACGCCCAGCUGGGCAUCGAGGAGAAUGUCAAGGAGAUCAAGGCCCAGAACGGCGGCGAGCUGGGCAACGGCAGGGUCCUGGAGGCGCUGCUCGAGCGUGAGGCCGAUGCGGUCAGGUCGGUGAGCCCGGUUGCCUAA